AUGAAAUUAGUAUUUGGCGAAAUUUCCUUUAUUUUAUUGUACGUACUAAGCAAAUUCGCCAUACAUGGAGAACCGUUAGAAAGGAAUCAUCGAUUCGUUAACUGGAGAGGCCUAAGACCCAAGUGCCGCUGGAAUCCACCGCAAGAAACCCAAUGCGAAAACAUCAAACCCGUGGCUCUUAUAAUAAAAGAAUUCCUGCACAUCGAAUACUACAGUUUGCUCUGCACCGGCGUCAACAUCGGAAACAACACCGUCGCCGUGCCAACGGAGUGCUUCGAAUGGGACGGCAAGGCCGUGGACGAGCACUUCAUCACCAGCGGCUCCCAGUCGUGGUGCAACGGCCCCGUCAAGCACCGGAUCCUCGAUUCCAAGCAGGUGCUGCAGCAGGGCGUCGGCAUGAGCUUCCUGCACGUGGAUCCCCCGAUGCCGCCGCCUUGCGAGCCCUUCCGGACCGACUCCUCCGGCUCGCCCACCUCCAUGAUAGGCUUCAACGUGACCGACAGGGACGGAUACAACAUGUUGUCGAACGUCGAUUGCGAGAGCGAUGUACCAACCGGCGCCCUUUACAACCCGGACGGGUCCUUCUACGGCUUCCAGCACCCCAGGUGCAGCUUCAGCAACGAGCACAAGCCGAUAAAGUACGAGGGGUUUCACAAGGAGUACAACCGCCCGCCCGUGGAGGUCAAGAACGUGCAGAAGGACCCGGAGGAAUUGCUGAAGGAGCUGAAUUUGAACUUCGAAUUGCCGAAUAAUAACGAUAACAGCCCGAAUAUUGACGAGGAUGUUUUGGUGAAAUUGGAUAACUGCGCCAGGAGCGUCGUUCGCAACGAAGUGCGUUUGGACGACGUGGUGAGACAAAACACCAGAUUGGUCGAGAAGUCGAUUCAAUUGGAGCAAAGAGUCUCGACCCUGGAGAAUCUUGUCAAGGCUCUAACGAAUUCGAACGACGACGGGAACGGUCAAUUAAAAAACGACAUUGUCGAAGAACUGGUUGAAUUGAAAAAAGCCAACCAGAAUUGCGAUAAUAAAAUCGAAAGCGUCAGCUCCGAGUGCAAGAAUAUACUGAAAGUAAUGCAGGAGGAGCUCCAACGAUACGAUGAUAAAUCCAGCCAAACGAAGAGUCUGGUCGAUGACAUGCAAGACAAGCAAAGCAAAGCUAAUAACAACGUGAGGCAGAUUCAAAAGGAUAUCAGCCAGCUUAAAACAGAUAUAGAAAAAUGCAAAGCUAACAACCUCAACACUACAAUACCAACAGUAGAAUACACCACUGUACCAACUAUAGGAGAAUACACUUCUAGUACUGACACUUCUAGUACUGAAUUGAGCAUCAGGAAUAAUUACAAUUCGUACACGGGAGAAAAACUAGCAGCGGAAAUCGAUUACAUCCACACUAAAUUAGAAGAUCUGAACGAGAUGAUAGUGGUGAAUAAAUUAAACGUAGACGGUACUAAGACUAAAACGCAAGAUUUAGAAGCUCAGCUAAAGGAAAUUCAGAAAAAUUUGCAAACAAGCGGACCGCAACUUGCAGAUGAUGAUAGAAUAGAGGAUAUUAUUUCUGACAACAAACAACUACAGAAUCAAAUCGACAACAUUCACAACAAAUUAAAAGAUAUUAAUGACUACAUUGGAAACAAAACGAUUCAAUCUAAGGAGGUUCCAGAAAUCUCCUUGGACGAUUUGAAAAUCAUCGAAAACAAACUAGAAAUGACCGAAAAAGAAAUCAAAAAGGAAAUCGAACAGAACAAAAAUAACACUGAUCUUAAAAUAGAUCAUUUAGGAUCAACAAUAAAAGAUAUAGAGAAUAGUUUAAGUGAUAACAACCCCAAUGAGUCUUUCCAAUCUAAUAUUCAAGCAAUUGUCGAUGGACUACAAAAAGAUGUUACCAAAAAUACCAAGCAAAUAGAAGAGCUCAAAACUUUUUACGAACCAGAGAAAAUUAAUGACAUCUUCAGUAACAUGUCGAAUUUUAAGGAAAAAAUUGAGAAAGAUUUGGCGCUUAAAAUUGCAAAUAUAUCACAAAGAAAUCAAAAAGUAUUUGAAGACGUUGAACAAUCUAUUAAUAAUAUAAAUUCUGAUCUCAAAGAACUUAAAGAUGUUGUGGAUAGUAUGAAAAAUAGGAGCACUGAUACCAGCAUUCAUGAAAUUUUGACGCAAUUAAAUAAUGAAACAAAUAUAAACAAUGCAUCUGAAUACGAUGUAUUAUUUGAUCAAAUUUACCAAAAUAUCGAGCAAAUCAAAAAAGAUCUGCUAACUACAACGAUUAAAUUGGCAGAAAGAAACGACAAUCAGAUAGAAAAAAUUCAAAAGAAGAUAACUCACAUGGAACUUGAACUAAAGAACAGUACCACUGACAUGGAGAAUAUCCAGAACAAAAUUGAACAAAAUAUUUUCAAUAUACAGAAAAAUACCGAAGAUAUAAAAAAUAUAUAUGGUAAACAAAAGGAAAUCAUUAAUGACACCAACGAAAUAUCAAACACCACGCUAAACAUGUCUAACAAUAAGGACCAAUUUGAAGAUAUCUAUAAUAUAAUUAACGAAAUUCAAAAGGUAAUUAAUCGAACUAAUAACGAUGAUGUUUUAAAAGAUAUUCAACAACAGGUUCAAGAUAUUGAACAUGAAAUUGACAAUCAACAGUCCAGCUUAGAAAAUAUUUUAACCAUCAUAGAAAAUUUGGAUCAUCAAAAUAAUAUUACCAAAAAUGAGGUAAAUGAGAUAUUAAGUAAAUAUCCAGCAAAAAUACAUAAUGCAUCUAAUUAUGAUGAUAUUUAUCAUGCAAUCGAUGAAAUUCAAGAAAACUUAGAGACAAAAAUAGGUAACAUAUCCCAGCAAAACGAAGGAAUCCAAGCAUCUUUGAGAGAUCUUCAAUUUGAAUUGAGCAAUAAAAUAGAUACAAUACAAAAAGAAAUAGAUAAUAACACAUUUAAUAUAAAAGAAAUUUCAAAAUCUCUACAAAAUUUACAUUCAGAAUACAAUGGAACCGAAACCACCGAAGAAGAAAUACCUGAAUUUCUUGAAGAAAUCAAAAAAUCUAUCAUGAAUUCUGAGGCUGCAAUGAAAAACUGCACUAACGAAAUUAAUAAAUUAGCGCAAGAUAAUAAUAAGCUCAAUGAUGAAAUGCAAAACAUUCUAAAAGAGCUACAGAACAAACAAGUUGAAAAUAAUUUCGUUGAAACCAUUAAUAAUUUAACCAAACAAAUCGAAACCUGCACAAAUGUAUCUCAAACAAAUCAUAACGCUAUUGAAGAUAUCAAAAAAUCUGUAAACAACCGAGAAUUUAAAAAUGAAAACAACACUACACAAAAUUUAGAAAAUAUUAUUAACGAUAUACAAAAUUUAUACUCACAAAAUAAUAAAAGCAAAAUGACUAUAGAGGAUAUCGACACAAAUGUAAACGAAAUUAUUCAAGCAAUAAAUACAUUGGAAUCCAAACUCACACAUCUAUCAGACAGUAAUAAUGACACCUUAGACGAUAUCAAAAAAUCCAUAACUAAUACAGAAACUACUAUAAAUAAUUUACAGAAUGAAAUGGAUGAGAACACAAGAGAUAUUUUCAAUGAUAUACGAAAUUUAUACUCGCAAAAUAAUGAAACUAAAACUACAUUAGAUAAAAUCAAACUCAAUUUAUCUAAUGGAACUGAUGAAAAUUGUAAUAAUGAGGAUAUAAACCGAGUUUAUCAAGCAAUUGACGAAGCCAAAAACGAACUAGAAUAUAAAAUAGCCAACCAAUCAGAAAAAAAUAAAGCCGAAAUAGAUAAAAUCAAAGAAGAAAUUGAAGAUUUACAACUUCAAUUUGGUAACACAACUGCAAAUGAUAAUGCAUUUGAAGAAGUCUUAAACACAAUAAAUUAUUUAAAAGCUGAUCUUGAUGAAACUAAAAAUAAUCUUACAGAAUUGUGCAGUAAAGAAGAUCUAAAUAAAGCAAUAGAGGACGCUAAUAACAUACCUGCAAUCGAAGAAAUUGUAAAAACCGUUAAAGCAGAAAUUGAAAACUUUUCCAGUAAUAUAACGAAUAUGCAAAGCAAAAUCGAUGAUAACAAAAACAGAAUUAAUUAUAUUAAAAACGAAUUGCAAAAAAAUGUAGGAAAUAUAACUGAAGAAAUCGAAGGAAUGAAGAACUUAAUAAAUAAUCUGGAAGCCGAUAUAAAUGAAACUAAAAAUAAUCUAACUGAAAUGGGCAGCAAAGAAGAUCUAAACAAAGCAAUAGAGAACGCUAAAAACAUAUCUGCAAUUGAAGAAAUUAUAAAAAUAGUUGAAGCGGAAAUGGAAAACUUUUCCAGUAACAUAACGAACAUGCAAAGCGAAAUCGUUGAUAACAAAAACCAAAUUAAAUAUAUUAAAAAUGAAUUGCAAAAAAAUGUAGGUAAUAUAACUGAAGAAAUCGAAGGAAUGAAGAAAACAAUAAAUAAUGUACAAGCCGAUAUUGAAGAAACUAAAAAUAAUUUAACAGAAAUGUGCAGCAAAGAAGAUCUAAAUGAUAUUCAACAAGCUAUAGAGGAACAAAUGAAACAAUCUGAAUUUGAAGAAUUUAUAAAAACUGUUGAAGCAAAAAUAGAAAAUGCUACCAGCAACAUCACAAACAUGCAAAACAAAUUAGAUAAAACUGAAAUAAAUAUAAAAGAAAUUCUAAGCGAUAUUAAUAAUUUAUAUUUACAAAACAAUCAAUCUAAAACUGAAAUCGAUAUAACCAAAGACAAAAUUGACGAUCUACUGUAUAAAAUAAGUAACAUCUCUGAAGCAAAUAAUGAUGUUCUUGAAGAAGUUAUGAAUACAAUAAAUAAUGUACAAGCUGAUAUUGAAGAAACUAAACAUAAUCUAACAGAAAUGUGCAGAAAAGAAGAUUUGAAUGAAGUUUACCAAACAAUAGAAAACUCUAAAAACAUAUCUGCAAUUGAAGAAAUUGUAAAAACGGUGGAGGAGAAAUUAGAAAACUAUACUGAUAAUGUAACGAAUUUGCAAAACAAAAUCGAUGAAAAAAUUGACCGUGCAAUAUACGAAUUAGAAUACAAAAUAAGUAAUAUAACAGAAGCAAAUAAGGAUGGAUUUGGGGAGCUAAAGAGCAUAAUCAACGAUGUAAAACAUGACAUUAAUGGAAUUAAAAUUAACUUAACGGAAAUGUGUAGCAAAGACGAUCUUAAUGAAGUUUAUGAAGCGUUAGAGGAUGCUAAAAAAGAUUAUUCAGAAGUUUUUGAGGAAAUAAUAAGGACUGUAGACGCGAAAAUCGAAAAUGUAACGAGUAAUAUUACAGAAGCACAGAACGAAAUAGUUGAGAAUAAACAGAAUAUAAAAGGAAUUAUAAACGAUAUAGAAAUUCUAUAUUCGCAUAAUAAUCAAUCUAAAACUGAAAUUGAUGAAACUAAAGAUAAAAUUAAGAAUUUACAACAUAAAAUAGAAAAUCUAACUGAAGCGAAUAUGAAUGAAUUCAAAGAAAUCAUGACUAGAAUGAAUAAUAUAGCGUCUGAUAUUGAUGAAACUAAAAAUAAUGUAACCGACAUUUGCAGAAAAGACGAUCUAAAAGAAGUUUAUGAAGCAUUAAAUGAUGUUAAAAACCAAUCUUCGGUGGAAUUUGAAGAAAUAAUAAAAGCCGUAAAAGCGAAAAUCGAAGAUCUAACUAGGAAUUUAACUGACGCACAAAAUGAAAUCGAUGAAAAUAAAAUAGAUACAAAAGAAAUUCAAAACGAUAUACAAAUUCUAAAUUCGCACAAUAAUCAAACUAAAUUUGAAAUUGAUGAAACUAAAGAUCAAAUUAAUGAUUUACAACAUAAGAUAGAAAACCUAACUGAAGCUAACAGUAAUAAAAUAAAGGAAAUCAUGAAAAGAAUGAAUAACAUAACGUCUGAUAUUAAUGAAACUAAAAAUAAUUUAACCGACAUUUGUAGUAAAAACGAUCUGAAAGAAGUUUAUAAAGCAUUAAAUGAUGCUAAAAAUCAAACUGCUUUGGAAAUUGAUGAAAUAAUAAAUACUGUAGAAGCGAAAAUCGAAGACCUAACUAGUAAUUUAACCGAUGCACAAAACGAAAUCGAUGAAAAUAAACAAGAUAUAAAAGAUAUUCAAAACGAAAUAGAAAUUUUACAUUCGUACAAUAAUCAAUCUAAAACUGAAAUUGAUGAAACCAAAGAUAAAAUUAUAAAUUUAAAACAUAAAAUAGAAAAUCUAACUGAAGAUAAUAGUAAUGAAAUUAAAAACAUCAUGAAAAGAAUGAAUAACAUAACGUCUGAUAUUGAUGAAACUAAAAAUAAUUUAACCGGCAUUUGUAGUAAAGACGAUCUGAAAGAAAUUUAUAAAGCAUUAAAGGAUGCUAAAAAUCAAUCUUCUUUGGAAUUUGAUGAAAUAAUAAAAACUGUAGAAGCAAAAAUCGAUGACCUAACGAUUAAUUUAACCGAUGCCCAAAACGAAAUCGAUGAAAAUAAACAAGAUAUAAAAGAUAUUCAAAACGAAAUAGAAAUUUUACAUUCGUACAAUAAUCAAUCUAAAACUGAAAAUGAUGAAACUAAAGAUAAAAUUAAGAAUUUAAAACAUAAAAUAGAAAAUCUAACUGAAGCGAAUAGGGAUGAAUUAAAAAAAAUCAUGACUAGAAUGAAUAACAUCACGACUGAUAUUGAGGAAACUAAAAAUAAUUUAACCGAAAUAUCCAGCAAAGAUGAUCUAAGUAAAGUUUAUCAAGCAUUAGAGGAUGCUAAAAAUCAAUCCUCAAAAGAAUUUGAAGAAAUAAUAAGAACUGUAAGAGCACAAAUCGAAAACCUAAAGAAUAACACAACAAAUGCACAAAAUGAAAUCGAUGAAAAUAAACUGAAUAUAAUAGAAAUUCUAAACGAUAUACAAAUUCUAUAUUCACAAAGUAAUCAAUCUAAAACUGAAGUUGAUCAAACUAAUAACAAAAUUGAUGAGCUACAAAAUAAACUAGGCAACCUAUCUGAAUCUAAUAGCCAUGAAAUUAAAGAAAUCAUGACCAGAAUGAAUAACAUAACGAAUGAUAUUGACGAAACUAAAAAUUAUUUAAACGAUAUGUGUAGCAAAGACGAUCUAAGUGAAGUUUAUGAAGCAUUAAUGAAUGCUAAAAACCAAUCUUUAUUAGAAUUUGAGGAAAUAAUAACAACCGUAGAAGCUAAAAUCGAUAACAUUACUAGUAACAUACCAAACAUGCAAAAUCAAAUAGAUGAUAACAAAGCCGAUAUAAUAUCAAUUAUUCUCGACAUACAGAAUCUUUACUCGCAAAACAACGAAACCAAAAUUGAUAUUGAUGAUAUUAAUAACAGAACAAGAAAAAUUGACGAUAUGAUCAAUAGAAACGAUUUACAUGAAGUCAAUCAAACAAUCAAUGAAAUAAAAAACGAACUGGAAACCAUAUCAGAAACAAAUAAUGAGGCACUAGAGCACAUUAUUAAACUUUUCAAUGAUAGCAGUAAACAUGAUCAAAGCAUUCGAGAUUUAUUCUCACGAAGUGUAGGUAUGGUUGAGGAUAUAAAAAAUUUAACAAAAAAAAUUGGUGAUGAUGGUGUAGUUUACCAAGCAAUUAACGAAAUUAAUCACGAAUUGGAGUCUAUUGUAGUAAAUAUGUCUAAGAUAAACGAAGACACAAUUGAAGAUAUUAAAAACUUGUAUUCAGCAAACAACAAUACUAGAACAGAAAUAGGUAAAAUCAUAAAUAAAUUGGAUCAAAAAAUUAACAAUGCCUCUGAAAUAAAUGAUUAUAAAUUUAACUACGUUCAUCAAAGACUUGAUAACAUUACGAACGACCUGGAAGAUAAAACAGCUAAUCUAACUCAACAAAGCAAAGCGUUAGAAGAAAUUAUAAACUCCAUAGAAGAUGAAUACAAAUCGAAUAUACAAGAUAUUUUGAAAGAAUUACAGAAUUUCCACGAUCAAAAUAACCAAACAAAAUCCGAAUUCUACGAAGAUCUAGCCAGAAAAAUCAACGAUUCAUCCAAAGAUUUACUCCAAGAACUCUAUAGCACAAUGGAGGAAGAAAAAGUUAUAUUUUUUACCGAAUUGAACAAAACCAGAGACGACUACGACAACAUUAUGUACAACAUAGAAGAUUUAUACUCGCUAUCGAAUCAAACUAAAACCGAAAUUUCCGAUGCUGUAGACGAUUUAAAAACAAGCAUAAGCAACGUUUCUUUAAGAUACAUCAACAUGCUAGAAGAAAUUAAAGAAGACGCUCAAAACACCAAGUUACAACUAGCCUAUUUAACAGACACCACCCAAAAUUACGCAACAAAUAUGAGCAAUUUGGAAGAAAGAUUCAACGAAGAUAUCGAAAACCUGGAUUCCAAAUUCGAAGAUCUCCAAAACCGAGCGAAACAACUCGACGAGGAAAUAGAAGAAAUCAACAAAAAAUUCUACGACUUGGAGAAAUACAGCCAAAACACCACUAACGUAACACAAGGCGUCCUAAGAACCAUAGACAUUCUGAAUUCAGUCAACAACGAAACCAGACAUUACAUAGAAAACACCAUCGAUUCCAUACGAUCGGAGUUAAACGUGCUGAGGCACCUCGUGCAAGAAAUCCACAACGACACCGAGCAGCGCUUCAAAGACCUCGAAUCCCUGGUAAGCAAAGGCACCACCGACCUCCAAUCCAAAAUCGAAGGGCUGGAAGGCGAGGUGGAAGCUUUGCAGUACAUGAACAGCCGGCUCAGCAAUCGCUUGGAGGACGAAACCCAGGCCUUGCAGGACGAUGUACUCAAAGUCCAGGACGACAACGAGGCCAUCAACUACCUCACCGAGCGGCUGAGCAAAGGCAUCGACGAGCUGGAGCAGACGGUGGACGACUUCCAGAGCAGCGCCGAGAAGAAACUCGCCGCCUUAGAGCAGUACCACGAGACUAUGGAGUCCAAGUUUAAAGCGAACCACGAGCAGCUGACCAACAGGGUGGACGCGUUUAAAAACGACCAGGACCAGAUCAACGACGAGCUGUUCGACGAGAUCGCGGCGAACGUGCACGAUUUGAAAACGUACAAGACCGAAGUGAAGGAGAUCAUCGAUUUUUUGAUAGAUCCUAAUGUGAAAUUGGACGAAAAUAAUUACGUUAAUAAAAACAAACGUCACGAUUUACAGAGGAAAUGA